AGCUUCCGCCGCCGGAUCCGUCCUCCUUCGCGUCCGCCGACCGUCCGCCGCUGCCUCUGCGAAGGAAGAGGAGGAGGAAGCCAAGGAGAAGGCGAAGGAAGGCCCCAGAGAGAGAGGCCUCCCUCCUCCCUCGGCGGCGCCAUGAAGUGGAUGUUCAAGGAGGACCACGCGCUCGAGCACCGCUGCGUGGAGUCCGCCAAGAUUCGGGCCAAGUACCCCGACCGCGUCCCGGUGAUCGUGGAGAAGGUGUCCGGCUCGCAGAUCGUGGACAUCGACAAGCGGAAGUACCUGGUCCCUUCGGACAUCACGGUGGCCCAGUUCAUGUGGAUCAUCCGGAAGAGGAUCCAGCUCCCCUCCGAGAAGGCCAUCUUCCUCUUCGUCGACAAGACCGUGCCUCAGUCCAGCCUGACCAUGGGGCAGCUUUACGAGAAGGAGAAGGACGAGGACGGCUUCCUGUAUGUGGCCUACAGUGGAGAAAACACUUUCGGCGUGUGAGCGGAUCUCCUGCCCUCCUCCUCCUCCGCACCCGUUGUAAAUAGCCUCUUGUCUGCGAUCAUGACUCUGAGGCACCGCCAGCAUCCUUCACUGGGUUGAUUUAAUAUAUUGGUAGGGCAUUUGGGGUUUUCCUUUGUUGUUAAUUAGCCUGGUAAAUUAAAAUAACUUCAUUUCCCCAUUGCACAUUGUAGUCACAGCUGUAAAUUUCAUAGUCCACUUCCGCUGAAAUACUGUACACUGAUGACAUUAUUUAAAUAGCAAUGCGAAAGUAGGUAAGGUGAGAUUAAAAAUGAAGGUGGGAGAGAUUUUUUGAACUGAAUGUUUGACUAAUUAUUAAUAACUAGAGUUUCAUAGUAAUAGGAGCUUCUCCGUUAUUCUAAGCCGUCUAAAGAUGCUGAUAUGUUGACCUUGGUUAUUGUGUUCUUCUUGGUGAAUUUUGCUUGAGGAAGUAACAAUUAAAAUUCCUCGCACAA